AGAAGAUAUGUUGCACAGGUUCGACCAAACGAUUUCCUGACGAUGCGAAACAUCAACAAGCAGCAACACAAGCUGAAAGCGGACUUUAGUUGUCGUGUUGCCUGGUGUUUUAAUCGGCAAGUUUAAGUCAAGUAGCCCUUGACAGAGCAGACAUGGCCAGCAGCAGAAGUGUGGUUGACAUGGAUCCAGAUGUUGCUCGGAGGCUGUUUGAGGAGGGAGCUUUCCUGGUGCUGCUGGGUGUUCCUCAGGGCACAGAGCUGGGGAUUGACUGCAAGAGCUGGCAGGUUGGUCCCCGCUUCAAGGGUGUGAAGAUGAUACCCCCAGGUCUGCACUUCCUCCACUACUGCUCUGCUAACCCGUCGAGCUGUGGAGGAGAAAUUGGCCCAAAGACAGGCCUCUUCCUCACUCUCAAACCCAGAGAGAUCCUGUUGGCCAACUGGGAUCCCAAAAUAGAAGAUCUGGACUUCUCAGCCUCCCAGAACGAAGAGGAGAUCAACCGGAUCAGGGCGAACUUGCAAGACCUGGACCCUUUCCUGGGGCCCUAUCCCUACGAGGUGAUGAGGAAGUGGGUGUCCCUCACAGACCGCCUGAGCGAGGAGGUGGCCAUCAACUUGCAGCCUCUUUCAGGUCGAAUAUGUGCCUUCGGCGACAUCAUCCCCGAGCUUCAGUUCAGACACACCAAGGACAGAGCAGAUCAGCCGAGGAAUGACACAGCCUGUCACAGCAUGAAAGAGGGACUCGACAGGCUCCCCAGGAUGAAGCAUCGGGAGGGGACGGAAUUGCGCUUCUCAGUAAUCCCCCAGAAGACCUACCCUCCUGGGGCUACACCGGCUGAGAUCACCCAGUGCAGCCUGGACCUGAGCUAUGCCCUGGAGACCGUGCUGGAGAAGAACCACGAGCUGCAGCCUCUCAACCUGCUGGGUGAGCUGCAGUUUGCCUUUGUGUGUUUCCUGAUUGGAAACGUAUAUGAGGGCUUUGAGCACUGGAAGCGCCUCCUAACUCUGCUGUGUCGAUCAGAGGAGACGAUGCGAAAACGUAAGGAGCUCUACCUGGGGCUCAUUGCUGUGCUGUACCACCAGCUCGGAGAAGUCCCACCCGACUUCUUUGUCGACAUCGUGUCUCAGGACAACUUCCUCACCUCCACGCUGCAGGACUUUUUCCAGUUUGCCAGCGGACCAGGUGUAGAUGGCACGCUGCGUAAGAGAGCGGAGAAGUUCAAAGCUCACCUGACCAAGAAGUUUUCCUGGGAUUUUGAUGCAGACCUGGAUGACUGCGCCCCUGUGGUGGUGGAGCUGCCUGAAGGUGUUACAGUGGACUGACACUCUACUAUGGACCCAAUGGACUCCAUAAGCAGGGAGCAGGACUGAAAACACCUGACAGUAAAGCAGAGCAGAGAAGCCUUGUUUUUAACACCGGAUCCAAGAGUUCUCAAGAAGGCUUGAGGAAACGUAAAUGACCCCUGCAGCCACUGCAGUGUCACAGUCCUCUGAAUGACCACAUAUUCUUAGAGUCAGUAACACCAGUGGCUGGCAUCUUCUUAUAUAAGUACACAGUUUGUAACUUCUUAUGAAGAAAGCAAAUGUGUUAUUAAGUAAACCUGUUUUAAUUGGAGGCAGAGCUGCAGAAACUAAAUGUCAGCGGUGCCCUCUGGUGGUGGUUUUCUCUAAGCUUAGCAAGCAGGUUGUCUUGCGUUGCUGACAACUUUAGAAUCCCAACUGCACACACUUAUUGCCAAAAUCAACCCCCUAGUAUUCUAAACUUUGGUCAGUUUGUUAAUUAACCUUAAUUUCACCCAACUGUGCAAGAAUUAUACAGGAUUUUACUAGAAGAAAAGUGUGAUUGUAGGGUCUUAUACCUCAUAUAUUAAAAAUAACUAAUACUGUAGGUUGAUAACUCCCUUUUGCUGUUUAGAAAAUAACGAAGAUGUUGUUUGUAAUGGCAAAUCGGUCAAACAUGAAGACCUCAACUUAGCUAUUUUCCUCAGAAGUGUUCUUAAACACAGUUUCAGUUUUCUAUGAUUUAUUGAGUCAAAUUUCUCUUUAAUAAAAACAUUUUUGGUAUA